AUGGGAGUUCGUGGGCUGUAUACGGUGGCUACUGAACACCCUCAACUAUGGAGGAGGCUGCGCCAGGACGAGUGGCCUGUGCUGGUGAUCGAUGCUGGCUCCUUUCGUUACGAGAUGUGCCGCCACUUCUUCUUCGGCUCCCGUCACGGCGGCGAUCUUCUCAGCCUGCAAAGAGCCCUGGAGUCGUUCUUGGAGCGGCUGUUGAGCUGGGGAUGGGAGUUGGUCUUUGUCUUCGAUGGCGUGCCGUCGGAAUGGAAGGAGGCCACGUGGCAGAAGCGCACCGAAGAGGACUACGGCAAAGCAGACCGCGAUGCACGAGGGGUCGGCAGCUGGGAGGACUGCCUGCCCCCGAUGUUUUCAGGGCACGCUCUGUCCGCGUCGCUGGCUCGGCUUGGCAUCACGGCGGUGCAGGCCGAUGGAGAUGCAGAUGCAACGGUUGCCUCGGUGGCUCGAGAGCGGAACGGCAUGGUGGUGUCAAGGGACUCUGACCUGAUGUUGAUGGAGCUCGGGUAUGUCGACAUGCCACAGUUCUUCCAGUAUGGCCAGCAGGUCGAGGACGCCCUGCUGGUCCUCGAGCCGGCUGUGUUUUGGGACUACCUGGGCAUCUCGGGAGAUGACGUCCCGAUCUUCGCGGGCCUCUGCGGAAACGACUUCGUGCCUUUUGAGGAGAUGCGCGCAUGGCACAGGAUGCUCAACAGCGACGGGAGCGCGAAGCAGCAACCUACGGCGCAUCAGCAAGUGGCAGCAUUCAUCCGGGCCUGCCGCGCCAAGGCUGAGGACUUGAUGGCAACCGCCCGGAGCGUGGUUCCAGCAAAGCUUCUGGACAACUUCCUCUAUGGUGCGACGGACUUCUACUGCAAGAAGUGCCAUCACGAAGAGAGCCGGCUCCUCGUGAACGGCGAGCCGCUGACAGAGGACGUGCUCUCUCUCUGGCGCGGCCAUGCGAUGUCCAGCACCAUGAUGUCUGCCCUCAGCCGAGGCUACAUCGCGGCGCCUGCCAUGGUAGAGGAGAUGAAGCUGAAGAGCAGCUGGGUGCUCUCACGCCCUCUCCGAGCAGCUGCCAUGAAGCUUCUUGCCAGGCCUGUCACCGAGCGCGGCCGGAAAGACAGCACCACCAAGUUCGAGGAGGUGAUGCUGGAAGACUGGCCCUAUGGCCUGAAGACCAGCAGCCUGGCGGCACGGAAACAUUAUUUCAAGGAGGCGGUGGAUUGGCCCGGCCUGGAGGACAGUGAGCUGCCAAGGCACCUGAUCCUCCCAAUCGCAGCGUUCCGAUUCAUGGUGCUCACGAAUGCCGACCAGGACGCUCCGCCUCUUGACAUCCCUUGGCCCUACGUCGGGGUGUUGCUGAUGCAGCUGACCGAGGAUCCCGAAGAUCGCCGGGAGCUCCUGACAGGGCUGCGCGUGAACUCUGAGAAGGCAUUCUGCCCAGCCGCCUCGGCGUUCAUCAACACAUAUCUUGGGGCCCUCUGGUCCGUGUCGCUUCUGAACGAUGCGCUUGGACACCCACAUGGGCAGCUGGAUUUUGUGAACGCCUACGACGGCCCCUUUCUGCAUACGAUGCUGCGGAGCUUGCACUCCCACACGGCUGACUCGAAAGACCACAAGUACUUGAGCAUGGAGAGUGACACAGUUGUACUGCGGCUGGAAGAAAGUCCCUUGCUGAGCAGCCUGCUGUCCCUCUUCAGUGAGGGAGUGGUGGAAGAGGUAGGCAAGAAGGCCCUCUCCGGCAAAGUGAGCGCGAGAAAGCUGAAGUUCACCAUGCCUGCAGGUGCUGGCGUGAAGCAUGGAAAACCUGAGAAGAAAACAGUGGGAAAAAUGCGCGAAAGUAUGGCGGGCAAGGGGAGGGACCUUCGGCGUAGGAUGGGAGGGUCCGAUUCCCUGGGCCUAGACGCCUGGGACCUCUCGUUACGGAAGCCUCAGCUGCGAGUUGCAGCGCUGCGCUUGAUGGAGCAAGUGGACCUGUGUGCCGGGAACCUGCUUCCGGAGUUCCCUAUGAAGAGGCUUCGGCUACAGUUCAAUGACUUGCGCCCAUCUGGAGACGUGGACGUCUGGAAGCAUCGGCUGUCGAAGCAGCUUGGUAGCCAGGUGCUGCGGAAGGACGCCCUCUGCUCUGUGCUGGGUGCCCUCCUGGCUUUGAUCUGCGCCAUCGCUGCCAUGCUCGAGCAGGUCGUGGAGGGUAACCCGAAGGCCGUCUCCGGCGUGGACGCAACGGCCAGCCUGGGCAUUGCGCUGAUCCUUUGCUUCGAGGCCCUUCUACGAAGUACUGACUGCUGCCGAGAUCCAGCCAUGGGCUACGUGUUACCGACUCCCCUGCUGCUGCUUCUCCUAACUUUCUGGGGCCCUGCCUGGGCCCGGAUCCAUGGCGCCGAGAUCAUGCGGGAGCUGGACAGCCUGGUGGGUCUCACCGAAGUGAAGGCCCAGAUGCGCGAGCUCACGGCGCAGGUGGAGUUUAAGAGGGAGCGCGCGCGUCUUGGCCUUCCCAGCAUCGGGGAGCAGUCGCUGCACAUGUCCUUCCUGGGCAACCCUGGCACAGGCAAGACUGUGGUGGCCAGGAUCGUGGGCGAGCUGAUGGUGGCCAUGGGGGCCAUCUCAAGUUCCCGGGAAGGAAGCCUGGUCACGGAGGUGAGUCGGGCCGACCUCGUCGGGCAGCAUCUGGGGGAGACGGCGCUGCAGGUCGCCAAAGUCUUCGAGAAAGCCAAGGGAGGUGUGCUCUUCAUCGAUGAGGCCUAUUCCUUGGUCAACCCCGGCUCGGAGGACAUGUACGGCCAUGAGGCGGUGGACACCCUCAUCAAGUUGAUGGAGGAUCACCGCGACAAGGUGGUCGUGAUCUUGGCCGGCUAUGCUGCCGAGAUGAUGGAGUUCAUCGCCGCGAACCCUGGAUUCAAGUCGCGCGUGGCCUUCGAGUUCUACUUCCGCGACUACACCUGCCCCGAGCUCGUCGAGAUCGGAGAAAGCCUCAUGAAGUCCAAGAACGUGGCGAUCCUCCCGGACAAGUCCAGUGGCGUCUGCGCGGCAGGUCUUGCAAAGGAUGUUUGUGGGUGGAUGUCAGCAUCGAUCCGCUUCCGGACUGGCUGCUGCGACGCCGAGGACUGUGAGAAAGAGGAGAACCGCGCCAACGGAAACGGCCGCACGGUGCGCAACAUGCUUGAGGCCUCCUACAGAGAGAUGGCGAGCCGCGUUCUGACGAACUUUCCCCCCAUCCUUCUCGCCGAGUACGAGAAGAAGGUGAAGCCCAAAGUCAGCGCCCAAGGCGUUCUGGAGCCCGAGAUGAACUGCGAGAGCUUCCAGGAGAUCCGCGACAACGGCCCUUUCCUCAACCUCAGCGACACGAAAGGCGCCGAUCUCCGCUGCGCCUUUCGGCUUCUGGGGGGAGGAGACCUGCGCCAGGCAACGGCCCUGGCGCUCUCGGAGCAGCUGCAGGCCAACUGCCAGCGCACGCGCACGCCCAUCACGGUCAAUGUCAGCAGUGUGCUCGCCGAACCGGGCGCCGUCGAGCACCUGGACUGGGCCAAGCUUCACGAGCUGGUCUUCGGUGAACACGCCUGUACCAAGGCGCAGGCGCUGCUGAAUGGCGACAUCGUCGCGCGGUUCCUGCUGGAGGGCAACGGCGACUGGGGCUGGGGAUCCCCUGCUGGCAAUUGCGAUGUGGCCGCGCAGUGCGAGAUGUGUCGCUCAGUGGCGCAGAAGCAGGACGACUUGCGAAAGGACGGGGAAAUGAUGGACUUCGAGGCCUACGACAGCUUUUGCAGGGCCCUCUUCAAGAAGGUGCUCGUGGGCGUGAAACCCGAAGGCUGCCGUGAGUACUGCUACAGCGUGGUGGACCACACGCUGGCGCUGCUGGACUCGGGGGAAACCUUCGACUGCAGCCGCGUUGUGGGCGAGACGUGCCCCGAGGACCUCUUCCCUGCAACCGAUGGCGGCAAGCCGUGGAGCAAGGACCACAAUGAUUUCUCGGACGCCGACUCAGAUGAUCAGGGGCGACCAAUCCUUCGGCCAGGAUCAAAAGUCGACAAACUCAUGAAGGAGCUGGACGAGCUUGUCGGUUUGGGGAGCGUCAAGGCCGGUAUGGCAGCGCUUCGGGACGCCGUGGAGUUCGACAUGUGGCGCAAGAGGUUCCUCGGCCAGAAGGCCACGCUGCUGGGUCAGAGCUUCCACAUGCGCUUCCUGGGCAACCCGGGCACAGGCAAAACUGUGGUCGCACGGAUCGUGGGCCAGAUCCUUGUCCAGCUAGGCGUGAUCCAGGGGGCGCAGACCGACGACUUUGUCUUCAAAGAGGUCUCCCGGGCGGAUCUCAUCGCCCAGUACACCGGCCAAACUGCGCCAAAGGUGAUCCAGGCCGUCAAGUCGGCCUUCGGCGGUGUCCUCUUCGUUGACGAGGCCUAUUCCAUCGUCCUGGCCGACAACGACCCGUUCGGCAAAGAAGCCGUUGACACGCUCAUCAAGGAGAUUGAGGACAACCGGGACAAGGUGAUCGUCAUCUUCGCGGGCUACCAGAAGGAGAUGGACACCUUCUUUGAAACGAAUCCCGGCUUCCAGUCUCGGGUGCCCUUCCGCUUUGAGUUCACGGACUACAGCUGCCAGGAGCUGGUGGCCAUCAGCCGAUACUCCUCCCGGAAGAACGACGUGAAGCCAACGACUGAGGCGGUCGAGUGGUUGGAGAAGAUCAUCACCGCAAAAACUGGCUGCUGCACCGAGGCCGAGCUGGAGCAGGGCCAAUGCGCCGGCGCCACGCGGGACAACGGCAAUGGCCGGGCCGUGCGCAACAUCCUGGAGUCGGCCAUGAGGGCCAUGUCGGUGCGCGUCGUGGCGCAGAGGAAGGGCACCACUGACGCCGCCACGGAGCUCACGGACGUGGAUGUCGCUGCCGUCGGUGGUGAGGAGAUCGGCGUGGCCACGCGGGGGACUUGCAAGGCCGCCAGCGAGGCGGUGCCAGACCUGGAGAAGCUGACGACCGGCGCCCGCAUCCUGGCCCUGCCCGACUUCCAGGAGGGCUUGGCCCUGGCGCGGAGCGACUGCGGCAAGAUCUCGCAGCUACUGGAGAGCACCGAGCCGGCAAGCAACGUGACGACGAGCGCUGCGGACAUCGAGAUCACUGACGCGAAGUUGGUGAACAUCUUUUCAGAGUUGGAUGCGAUGGUGGGCCUGGCGUCGGUGAAGCGGGCGAUGCGCGAGUUCUAUGCCACGGUGGAGUUCGCCAAAGUGCGCAAGCGCGCGGGCCUGAAGGCCCUGAAGAGCCAAAGCUUCCACAUGCGCUUCCUGGGCAACCCGGGCACGGGGAAGACGGUGGUCGCACGAAUCGUCGGCAAGCUGCUCAUUGCGCUUGGGGCCAUCCAGAAGCCGGCCGACGCCAAGGGUGACAAGCCGGUCUUCAACGAAGUCGCUCGAAGCGACCUUGUCGCCGAGUACGUUGGGCAGACGGCGCCCAAGGUCCAAAAGGAGGUCAACAAGAGCUUGGGCGGAGUGUUCUUCCUGGACGAGGCCUACUCGCUGGUGAACGGCGCGCGGGACCAGUUUGGGCAUGAGGCGGUGGACACGCUCAUUAAGGAGAUGGAGGAUAAGCGGGCCAAUUUCGUGGUCAUCUGCGCCGGCUACGAGCACGAGAUGGACGCCUUCUUCGAAAGCAAUCCAGGCUUCAAGUCGCGCGUCCCCUUCACCUUCUACUUCGAGGACUACACGUGUCCCCAGCUGAUGGAGAUCGGGAAGCUGUCGCUGCGGCCGAAGGGCUUGCAGCUGCCAGCGGAUCUGACCACCUACAACGAUGCCAUGACCUUCUCCACUGGCUGUUGCCAGCACCUGGAAGACUGCCCUCCCGACAAGGCCCGGGGAAACGGCCGCGCCGUGCGAAACGCCAUCGAGGCGGCGAUCCGGCAGAUGGCCAGGCGCCUUCAGGGCACCCGUGCACCCAAGGCACAGUACAGCCAGCUCCAAGCAGAGGACUUCGCUGCCGUCUUGGCCGCCAGCCUGGAAACGCUCUUUGCUGUGCCUUGCGGACCCCGUGGUCCGCUGGCAAAAAUCAUCUCCUUGUCUGAGACGGAUCCGAAGAAGUUCCAGUUCUUCAUCCAGCUUGAGAAGGAGCUGCAGGGCGGCAAGAAGGAGAUCUCUACGCGGCUGCAAAGGAUCACGUCGCAGAUCGCCGUCGCCUCCCAGAUCGGGGGCCUGGCGCCCACGACGCGCAAGCACCUGGAGACGUGCACGACCAAGCAGCGGGACGCUCAGCAGGGCGUUAUCCAACGCCUGGAGCACUAUUGCGCCUCCGAGGGCAUUCUCGAUGCCGCCGCGAAGGAGAUCAAGACGACCUGGGAUAAGGCCGAGAUCGAGCGGUCGUCCACAGUGCUCAAGGCAGUCCGGUACGACAUUGAGGCCUUGCAGGACAUACUGCAUGCAUUGACGCCCAAGGGAGCGAGCCUGCCAACAGCCGAGGCCGCUGUCCAGCGUUGCACCGCGAAGCUGGCCGAGCUGCAGCGCACCGACUUCCGUAUCCCCUUCGACCCGUUCCACGUCAACGCCUGA